CGCCUGCUACUCUCUAUCAAAGCCGAUCUCGAAAAUGUGUCAGAUCUUGUACCUGCUUCAGAGUCGUUCGAGUAUUUCUUUCAGGUCAAAUGCACUAGCUGCAACGAAGUGCACCCCAAGCUUGUCGCUGUGAACCGUCUCGAAGAACGCGAAACCUCAUCCGGGAAAGGUAGCACUGCACACUUUGUCUGGCGCUGCGGAUUGUGCAAGCGCGAGUCCUCCGCCAAAUUCGAGCCCGGUUCUACGACACAGUCAUAUUCAGCCGAUGCGAAUGGUCAAUUCGCUCCCUUCCUGACAAUUGACUGCCGUGGCCUCGAAUUCGUUGGAUUCGAUCCUAGGGGUGUCUGGAAGUGUAUUGGUGUGGAAUCCGGGUCCAAGUUCGACGAUGUUGACCUCGAGGAAGGCGAGUGGGUGGAUUACGACGAAAAGGCGACUCUUCCUGUGGGAAUAUCAAACAUCGAAGCCCAAUGGUCGAGGGCGUAG